AUGGGAAGUAUCAACGCCCUGGGGGAUUUCAAGAAACGCGAAGAAAGGGAGAUAGAAAUAGAAUGGGAGAGAAAUAAAUUGUACAUUCAUUUGGCGGCGAGAAAUAAUCCGGGGACGUUUCAUUGGAGUUUGUACUUGACGGAGGAGAAACCGGAGAGGGGAUGGGUGUAUCAUGUUUUUGACCCGGUGCCGGAUAGGUGGAUUUUGGAAAUGCUGGGGGGAGAUGAGGAGGGGGAGAAGGAGGAGGAUAAGGGGAAUAGAGAUGGUGGUGGGAACGAAGAUAGUAACGAGGGUUCUGAAUCACCAGGCGAGGAUUCCAGGGAAAAUGGUGACCAGCAAAUAGUUGGUCCUGAAGGGGAAAACAAAGAAGGACAAGAGGAUGAGAAAGAAAUUGGGAAGAAGUAUGAAGAGAAGCGAAAGCGAGAGUCGGGAGAUACAGGACAUAUCAGCGAUGAGGAAAGUGAUGAAAAUGGGCAGUCGGACAGUGAUAGGGGUAUAAAGGAAAAAGAAGAGGAUAGGAAACACAAGAGAAACAAGACAGACAAUGAGGAGAAUCAAGGAAAAGAUGACGGUUCAUAUGAUCUGGAAGAUCCCCACCGCAGCAAGAACCACGACGCAGAAGACAACAACCACACAUUCCUCACCUCAUCCUCUCUCCUCGCCGCCAUUGAAAUCGGAACCGACAUCCAAGAUAUGCGAGAGAUAAUCGAAGAAACGAUAUCCACCGAAUGGAAGACGGGGAGAAAGAAGAUCGCAAAAGGGGAGAAAAUCUGUCGAGAGUUUUUGUUGAAAUGUGUUGAGGAAUUGGAAUCGGUGGGAGUGUUGAGUUUUAAGGAUGGGAAGGGGAUUGGAGAUGUAGAGAGAGAAGCCGAGGAGUUUGGGUUGUUGAGUGAUCCAGCUUUGAAUGCGGCGGCGAGGAGGGGGAGAGUGUGGAAGAGUAGGGUUGUGGAGUGA